AUGACAGAUCAAAAUAUUACUGAGGAAAAACUAUCCCAUGACAUGGCAAUGGAAGGAUUUACAAGGAAUGGUCCCCAUUUCUUUCCUCUUGGCAAUGACUGGGACUGCAAGAAUCAGGAGGGACAUUUGAGGCAAAUGUCUUUAAUUCAAGAUAAACCAGGGGUUCAGGAAGCCAUCUGUGAGUAUCCUGGAUUCAGGGUGCAUCUGAGUACGGACUUGGACCUUCCACCACCGCAGAGGGUUCCCAUAGCAAACGGUUUCCAUGUACAUAACUCGGAUGUUACAUGUUUGGAUUGUAACCCAGCCUAUCCAGCUAAGAGAACUGGUGAAAGUGAUCCCUGUGGGAAAGCAUUUAGCCAACCCACUGACGUUACUCAAUUUGGAAGAAAUCAAACAAGAGAGAAACCCUGUAAGCACCCUGAAAGCAUUCCAUCUUUCAACCGUUUUACCACCUUUGGUGAACAAAAAAUAAUGAAAAGAGGCAAGAAACUCUAUGAAGGUAAGGACUUUGGGGACAUCUUUGCCCUGAGCUCAUCUCUUAAUGAAAACAGGAGGACUCACCCUGGAGAGAAACCGUAUAAAUGUACUGAGUGUGGCAAAUGCUUCAAACGGAACUCCUCCCUUGUUUUGCAUCACCGAACUCACACUGGAGAGAAACCUUAUACUUGCAAUGAGUGUGGAAAGUCCUUCUCCAAGAACUACAACCUGAUGGUACAUCAAAGGAUCCAUACAGGAGAGAAACCCUACAAAUGCAAUAAAUGUGGGAAAGCCUUCAGUGAUGGGUCAGCUCUGACACAGCAUCAGAGAAUUCACACUGGAGAGAAACCAUAUGAAUGUCUAGAAUGUGGGAAAACCUUCAACCGAAAUUCAUCCCUUAUUUUACAUCAAAGAACUCACACAGGGGAAAAACCUUACAGAUGUAAUGAGUGUGGGAAACCCUUCACUGACAUAUCCCACCUCACUGUGCAUCUCCGAAUCCAUACAGGGGAGAAGCCCUAUGAGUGUAGCAAGUGCGGGAAGGCCUUCCGAGAUGGCUCAUACCUCACCCAGCAUGAACGGACUCACACUGGAGAGAAGCCUUUUGAAUGUGCAGAGUGCGGGAAAUCUUUCAGCCGCCACUCUCAUCUCAUCGUGCAUCAGAAAAUCCAUUCUGGGGAGAAACCGUAUGAAUGUAAAGAGUGUGGGAAAACGUUCAUUGAGAGUGCUUACCUCAUCAGGCACCAGAGGAUUCAUACUGGUGAAAAGCCCUAUGGUUGUAACCAGUGUCAGAAACUGUUUAGGAACAUUGCUGGCCUCAUCCGCCACCAGAGGACUCAUACUGGUGAGAAGCCCUAUGAAUGUAAUCAGUGUGGUAAAGCUUUCAGGGAUAGUUCCUGCCUGACCAAGCACCAGAGGAUUCAUACUAAGGAGACCCCAUACCAGUGUCUAGAAUGUGGGAAGUCCUUCAAGCAGAACUCUCACCUGGCAGUACACCAAAGACUCCAUAGCAGGGAGACUUCCAGCCAGUGUUCUCAGUGCGGGAAACUGUUCAGGAGGAGCUCAUCCCUCAUCCGACAUCAAAGAACACAUCCUGUAGAGAAACCCAUAGAAAUAUAA